AUGAAGAAGGUGCGCGAUGGCCUCUACAUCGGCAGCGCCGAGGACGCGGAGAUGUUCUUGUGUGGAGAGAAGCGCGGGGUGACGCACAUCUUGUCGCUCGAAAAGGUGCGCGACAUUCGCCUUCUCAAGAAGGAGAGACGGAGAAAUCGCAAUCAUCCGAAGUUGAGCAAGCUCCAGCAGGCACUUCUCGAUUCCUCCAAGCCCAAGCCCGACGACGAGGCCUUCCGGAACGUCGCUCGGGAGCUCCUGGCGAAAUGCAAGGACGCGGCGGUGGCAAAGCCAGUGAGAAAGGUUUUUCUUUUGGAGGACACUAUGGAGGAGGACUUGCUCGCUUGCUUGGGAGAGUGCCUGGAUUUUGUUGAGAAGGGGAGGGAGGAUGGGAUCGUCCUGGUGCAUUGUGGCGCUGGAAUCUCUCGGAGUGCAGCGGUGAUCACAGCAUACUUGAUGCAAAAGGAGAAUUUGCUACGAGAUGAGGCAUUAGCAUCUCUCCGGGAAUGUAGCCCCCAAGUCUCUCCGAAUGACAACUUCAUGCUACAGCUCCAAAUUUUCGAAAACGCUGGCUGUGUAUGUGGAGGGAAGAAGAGGAAGAUGCCCGACUCUGGUAGAACUGAUGCCGGCAACACAGCCAAGACGAUCUGUACGUAACGAUUCGUGCUCCUUGUGCUUUUGUUCUUCCGUCCAGAUUGGCGAUCUUGCGAGCUAUGGCGAGUUGCUUUCGAGCUAAAGGUGUACUUAAACAUCCACUGAGAACUUCUUGGGUGAUUUGUGUGA